AUGAACGGCGACCUGAGUCUGUCGCGCUCGCUGGGUGGUCUCCGCAUAGCCAACCCCGACAGCGACGACGACGACAACGACCAACAAGUUCCCAUCUCCAACCGGACGCUCCCAGCCCAGACGCAGUUGCAUACACCGCCGCCCACCACCUCGACCGCUCGCUCGCCCAACGACGUCGCUGCGAGCCCGAGCCGGCAACUGCACUCUGCCCACUCGACUCCCGAUGACCGACCCACCAUCUCGUCGCAGUCGUCGGGCAGCACCAUCACCAACCUUAAUCACUCGCGUGGCUUGUCACAACUCUCAUCCAUACACCAACCUGAUCAGGACUCGCACUCCCAAUAUGCCGCUUCGUUCCACUCCAACGCUCCGUCACAUUCGGACUAUGAUGCAGGCUCAGCUCCCUCCUUACCCUCAAAACUCCGCCCGCAUGUCAAACAUGCUUCUUCAUAUAGGUAUCGAGAUGACGCCCCCUCUCAGUCUGGACUGGCCAGGAGCGCUUCACGAGCCGCUGCCGCUGCCAUGGCUGGUCAUCCUCCUGUCCGCUCUGUAAGCCGGAGUUACCGUGGUCCCGACGGCCAAAAUGUUAUGCCACCCAGAAGAAGCUCCCAGCGUAUUACCUCUGGAUACGGCCAUGGCCCUGCUGGCUCUGUAUAUAGUGUCGAGGGUGGCCCGCUGCCCAGCAGCGAAGAGUGGAAAGAGCGCGGCGCCGCCGUCGCUACCAGACAAGAAGUCGAUCAAAACGGAAGGCCGGUAUCCAAGAUCGUUAAGAAGGGUGUCAAUGACUUCCACUUCGGCCGCACUCUGGGAGAGGGUUCGUACAGCACAGUCCUUGCAGCAACCGACCGUCAGAUUCACCGCGAAUAUGCCGUCAAGGUUCUUGACAAGCGCCACAUAAUCAAAGAGAAGAAGGUCAAAUAUGUCAAUAUCGAAAAGGACGCUCUCAACCGACUCACCGAACACCCUGGUAUUGUCCGUCUGUACUAUACAUUCCAAGACGAGCGAUCGCUGUAUUUCGUCCUCGAUCUCGCCAACGGUGGCGAGCUACUAGGCCACCUAAAGAAGAUGGGUACUUUCGAUGAAGAAUGCACUCGUUUCUACGGCGCUCAAAUGCUCGACUCCAUAGCGUACAUGCACUCGAAGGGUAUCAUUCAUCGAGACCUAAAGCCGGAGAAUGUUCUGCUCGAUGAACAAAUGCACACCAAGAUCACUGAUUUCGGAACCGCCAAGAUUCUCGAUAUCAGGUCCGCGGGCGGCACUGGUACCGACGGUCCCGGUUCUGGCGAUCCUAUGGAUGGCGCUGAACAGGAGAGGGCAGUUUCGUUCGUUGGUACUGCAGAGUACGUCAGUCCAGAACUUCUGACCGAUAAAAAUGCCUGUAAAGCAAGUGAUCUCUGGGCCUUUGGCUGCAUUCUCUACCAGCUACUCGCCGGUCGACCGCCAUUCAAAGCUAGUAACGAGUAUCAGACAUUCCAAAAGAUUGUCGCACUGGACUAUCGUUUCCCGGACAAUUUCCCUGCAGUGGCGAAAGACCUCAUUGAAAGACUGUUGGUCCUUGAUCCCUCCAAGCGUUUGCCUAUCGAACACAUCAAAGCGCACUCGUUCUUCGAAGGUAUCCAAUGGGGCAAAGGUUUGUGGAAGCAAAAAGCACCACGGCUCCGUAGCUACGUGCCUGGUCCUUCUCAAUCUCAGCCCAUCAGACUUAACGGUGGAGACCACAUGAGCUCAGCUCCAGCUCCUACCAUCCCAGGUAUCCCAACGGCGCCCAUGUCGCAUGCAACUUCACCUCCAACAGCUCCCUCCGGUCUACAGGUGCCUCGGCCACAACUACGAGCUAUAACUGAGCUGGCCCCUCCCAGUCAGCUGGAUAUCGACUGGUCGCCUGUGCUGACACGCAACAACGAGCGAAUCAUCAAGUUGGGUAAUCUCAACGUCAUUUCUUCUCCAGCUGCGCAUAGUCCCACGUCAAAAGGCGGCGAGGAAGCAUCAAAGAAGUUUUCGAGAUUCUUCGGCGGUGCAACAACCAAGAAACGUCAACGACUCGUUAUGAUAACUUCCAGUGCGCGAGUCAUAAUAGCCGCUGCUGGCGGCGAUGAGAAGAAGGCCAAACUUGAGCUCAAUCUGCUCGCCAACGGCACAACCUGCAAACCGGUCCAAGAUAGCAAGACCGGGCUGACCGCCUUCUGCAUCAACACACGCGACAAACAUUUCUCGUUUGAAGAUCCUCGAGCGACGACAUCAGAUCCGGAGGGCUCCAAGUACUCCACCCAAGAGUGGCUGGAGGCCAUUGACCGUGCCAAGGAUGUCGCACAGUCGCAAGCCAUGGCAAACUCGUACUCGGGUGAGUCGCAGUAUGGCGAUCUGGCAUCGACCAUGUCUAGCCCCACCAGUGCGAGUGGUGGUGAUGGUGGCGGUGAACAGCAGUCAAUACACUCUGUUCGGAACACCCUCCGCAAGGAUCCCGGAGACAACGAGAGCGUCAAAAGCAGAAAACCACGUUUCAGUAAACGGCACUCCAAGAGCGGACUGGCGGCUGUGUUCUAA